AUGCCUAUCUGGAAUGAUUAUGAUGAAGGUGAAGAAGAUGGGCAUGGGCAUUUUGGAGCAACAAACUGUCUUCUAUGGGAUACUGUUUUAUCUAUGAAUAUUAAAGGUGAUUUAUUAGAGACAUAUAGUGAAACAUGCUGGGUAUUUAUUUAUGAUACAAUGAAUUCUAUUAUUUAUGUUAAGCCUGCAAUUGAUAAG